AUGAAUAAGAAGAGAAACAGACAAAUACUUGUUUGUGCCAACUGCCACAAGAAGAAAAGAAAAUGUGACAAAGAAGUGCCCUGUUCGAGCUGUAUUAAAUUAAGCAUUGAAAGUACGUGCUCGUAUAGUUCCUUAUCGCGUAAAAGACAACACGUAAUGGACGAUGAACUCUGCGCUACUCAGGAAUUUUCCAAGCAAAAUAGCAGGGAGACCACGGAUGAGUUAACUGAGAGUAUAAAUGACGAACACCGUGAAGACUUAAGUGACCGAAUUGAGACUCUCAAUAGAAAAGUAAAAGAAUUAGAAACUGUUUUAACUACAUCUGCGUUAGGUAACAACCCAAAUUCCAUACCCAUAAAUUAUAUAGAGGGGCGAGAUACGUUUAUGCAAGAAUUAAGAAAUUCGUCAAAAUCGGUUUGCUUAAACCGGGAAGCUAAUAGGGGAUUGAUAGGUUUCAAUCCAGUACAACUGGAUGAGAGAAAAUUCAAUUUUUUAAAUACAUUCAACACAAGCUCUAAUGUCCCAGUUUCUCCAUAUGGUCCAUUAAGGUAUCUUAUCUUAAUAAAACAAGAUCCUGCAGGAGUAUUAUUAACUAGCUAUUUUAAAUCGCCUUCAUCAAAGAAUUUUGAACAUUUCUCAUCGCCACAUAUUGCUGACCUAGAAAAAUUGGAUGAAAAGUCCCGUCAUUUCUAUGCCGAUAGUUAUAUUAAGAAGGUAGGAAAAGACUGUACUAUGGCUGAUAUUAUUGAAGUGAAGGAUGCAAUCUCUAAGUUCGGACUAACUUUAGGAUUAAGUUUUAACACAGCAGCACAGCUUGAGAAUGAGAACAGUUUAUUGGAUAAAAUAAAGUUUAUAUUGCCGAAUAAUAAUGCACUCAAUUUACUUUUAAACUUAUUCUUUGAAAUUCUAUAUCCCCAUUUUCCAAUCUUAGAUGAAGCUAGUUUCCGGUCAGAUAUUCUUCGAAUAUUUGGCGAAGAGCUUAAUGAUUCCCAAAGAAAUAGAAUAGAAACCAUAAAAAUCAGGAAUAGACAUGAUAUAGCGGUUGUUGUAACACUAUUAAUACUAAUCAGAUUAAGUUAUUUAUCGUUAUUUAAUAACGAUGUGCGGAAAAAUGAAAACAUGUUAAAUUCACAAAAUUAUUCAUUAUAUAUCAGAAACAAAAAAUAUCUUUUAGAGAAUCCCAUACCAAUAGAAACAAUAGAUAUAGCGAAAUUAUGUAUUAGAGAAUUAGACCUAAUUUCGUUACCAAACUUGGCAAUUUUUCAGGCCUCGCUCAUGAUGCAGAUUUAUCAAACCUAUGCGCCCGAAGAGAAUACUUUCACUAGAACAGAAUCUCCAGUUAGUAUCGGAAACUUGUAUCAAAUGGCAAAUUCCUUGUUUUUAAAUAGAGACCCGGACUAUAUUCUAUAUUACGCUGAUAGGAGAAUGGAGGAAAAAGUGAAAAUAUUGAGUCGGCGUUUAUGGUAUUUUUUAACUAUCUUAGAUAUUGAAGAUUCAAUAUUAUACGGCACUCAAAUUUAUACCGUUCAGUCAAACUAUGAUACGAAGAUACCAUCAGUCCCUAGAAAUAGUCCUGAUCGCCAUAUGGGUAUAGAAACUGAAAUAGUAACCGCAAUAGAAGCUUUGCAGCCUGUAAUUAAAUCUGCACAUGGGUAUCUAGAAAGAAUAUUCAGGGUCAAUUCAGAUAUGACAAUAUCUGAGUUGGCUAAAUACUUGUCUGGCUUUGAAAUUCUAGUUCAAGAAAAUUUAGGAACACUAAAUGAUUAUCUUAAUACUGACAUGACUGUUCCCAAAUUCUUGAAGAUACAAAAAUUUAAAUUAUAUUUAUAUUGCAAAAUUAUGCUACUGUCAACCUAUUAUUGCUUAUUCCUUUAUUAUGAGGUAAAUAAGAACUUACUGUUGAGUCUUUUUUAUUUGAAAAAACUUAUACAAACUAUAGGUUCUGAAUUGGCAGGCAUCUCUAGGAGCCUUAUGGAUAAUUGCGAUGAAUAUUUUGGUCCGGCGUUUACGUUGAUUUUGAGUCCUAUAUUGCAAAUAUUUAGUCGUAUGGAACUGCUUACAUUUCUGAUCCAAAUGCGAGUAAAGUGUACACAGAAGUCAUUAGAAAAGAAAUUUCUUGCGAGAGUUAUGAGUAAGGAGACCUUAAAGCUAUAUGAUAAAACACUUGAGAACCUAUUAUCUGUUUUUAGUAGUUUAAUGAAUUCUAAUAGAAAUUUCAUGAGCCUGUUCAAAACCAGAUAUUAUUUCGCUUGGAAAUAUACACAGUCAAUUAUAUAUGGUUUGAACAUUGUUGCUGACGACAAUCUUUAUGCUGAUGAAGAAAAAACAGAGAAUGCUUCGUUAAAGUAUUCUUUACAUGAUAUUUGUGAGCUAGAAAAUUUAUUAACAUCUUGUGUAAACUCUAAGGAAAAGGAUUCGAGCUGUCCUAAAAAUGACAUAUCCACGUUUAGUCGUUACAGAAAAAUUGACAAAGAUUCAAUAGGAAAUCAAGAAGAUGCUGGAUCAAUAAGGGAUUUAAUGCACGACAUUCAAGUGGACAAAUUAUGGAGACUGUUGGAUUUUUUUAAAGAAGAAUCCUAUGGCCGUCAUUUCAGAGGCAUAUGGUCAAAGUUUGAAAAAUCUGAAACUAACCGCGAUUCAUUUCCAGGGAAUUUAUCACUUGAAAAUUCAAAUGUUAUAGCCAAUACUGAAAUUGAUGUCAUGCUCCAGGAGAGCGAUCCUUUUAGGGAAUUCGGGAUUGAAGACUUUUUUUUUGAUAAUGAGUUUUACAACAGACUUAGUCAUCUUCAUUAA